AUCAUACAUUUGGCAAUCCCGCCCACACUGGGAGGAGUAGCAAGAAGACUUCUGCUUACCUGUCAGUUGUAGUCACUGUUAAAUCCAUGCGCAGUAUUCUUGAAUUUGUCAUUUGUUAGUCAGACCCCUUUCCUGACAGAGGGGGAAAUCUUCAUUGUCUAAGUAUGGACAGCGCGGGGAGAAAAGUGGUGGUCUGUGACAAUGGGACAGGGUUUGUCAAGUGUGGUUUUGCUGGAUCCAACUUCCCAGAUCACAUCUUCCCUGCCAUGGUGGGUCGACCACUCAUACGAUCAACCACCAAAGUGGGCAACAUUGAGAUAAAGGACUUGAUGGUGGGUGAUGAGGCCAGUGAAUGCCGCUCCAUGCUGGAGGUCUCCUACCCCAUGGAGAACGGCAUGGUGCGCUCCUGGGAAGACAUGCUCCACCUGUGGGACUAUACCUUUGGUCCCGACCGCCUGGACCUCAACCCAUCAGAGUGCAAGAUCCUGCUGACUGAGCCGCCGAUGAACCCCACCAAGAACCGGGAGAAGAUCACGGAGGUCAUGUUUGAGAAGUACCAGUUCCACGGCAUUUAUGUGGCAAUUCAGGCUGUGCUCACUCUGUAUGCUCAAGGUUUGCUGACCGGCGUGGUCCUCGACUCUGGGGAUGGUGUCACCCACAUAUGUCCGGUAUAUGAGGGCUUUUCUUUACCCCACCUCACACGGCGGCUGGACAUCGCAGGACGUGACAUCACACGGUACCUCAUUAAGCUCCUGCUUCUCCGCGGUUACGUCUUCAACCAAACGGCAGACUUUGAGACCGUGCGCAUGCUGAAGGAGAAGCUCUGCUAUGUCGGAUACAACAUCGAGCAGGAGCAGCGCCUGGCCACAGAGACCACCUUCCUGGUGGAGGAGUUCACGCUCCCUGACGGCCGGCAGGUGAAGGUGGGUGGAGAGAGGUUCGGGGCCCCUGAAGCUCUCUUCCAGCCUCAUCUCAUCAACGUGGAGGGAGCAGGAGUGGCUGAGCUGUUGUUUAACACCAUCCAGGCUGCAGACAUUGACCUCAGGGCAGACUUCUAUAAGCACAUUGUUCUGUCCGGAGGGACCACCAUGUACCCCGGACUUCCAUCCAGGCUAGAAAGAGAGAUCAAGCAGCUCUACCUGGAGAGGGUGCUGGAGGGAGACACUCAGAAACUAUCAAAGUUUAAGAUCCGCAUGGAGGACCCUCCCCGGCGUAAACACAUGGUGUUCAUGGGCGGCGCGGUGCUGGCCAACAUCAUGAAAGACAAGGAGUCCUUCUGGCUGAGCAGGGCAGAGUACGAGGAAAAAGGCCUGGGAGUGCUGCAAAAACUGGGAGUUGGCGUCAGAUAAAACAUAAAACUUAAAAAGGAAAACAACAUAACCUAGAUGUUUCAAUUUUUGUAUCAAGUUCUCACUUAAUAGCCUGGCAUGCUGGAUGAAAACGCUUGUUCUCAAUGUACCUUUAUGACUGCUGGUGCGGAUUAAUCAAUUUGUUGUCCCAGAAUCCUUCGCUCUCCUACAUGUACAGCAAGUCUCAGGUAUCCAUUCAUUUGUUUGUUACUUCCACAACAAGUGACCAUAAGAUGGGCAACCAUAAAUAUGUUUAGGACACACAGAACACACGCAGUGUAUGGAAACCUGAAACUUUAACACACUUUUUUUUAAUACAGUGUGACUACUAAAUAAGCAAUUCGAGUGUUGUUUUCUGUCAUUUCAAAUGGGUCCCGAUUUAACCUCAUGCAAUUUAUAACUUCUCAUGUGAGUGAAAUUCUGUCCAUAAAUUAAAAAAAUAUUUAUUACAUCCAA